UUUAGGUUUUAUACCUUGAAUACUUAUUUCGAAUAUAUGGAUUUGCGGAUAGUUUGAAAUAUACCCGUCGAUCCGAGUCUCUUGGCUUUUUCCCUUAAAAGGGACGAAAAGGAAUGUCCGAAUGCUUACUCAGUUAAUCUAUUUCUCUAGCCUGUCAGGAACCGAAUUGAUGGCUGACCUGACGGAGUCACAACCCCGCAAAGAACAGAGUUGACCCACGCAAUGGAAACAACCCCCUCCUUCACUUUCUUCGGGCGAAAGGGAGACCAAGCAAUUCGAGACCAUGCGCUCUCCUCCCCUUCCCCCGACUACUGGGCUGGCUUAACGGGAUCGCUGAGGCGUGCCUGUCCUUAUCUUUAUAGGAGUUCCUCUCUUUCUUUCUUACAUUCUUUCUUUCGUUCUCUCUUUCUCUUCAUUCAAAAUUUGUUGUUCACCGCCAACCCGGGGGGGGAAAAAGUGUGUUUGGCAGUAAAUAAACACAGUGAUUAAACCAAAUUUCUCCGAAGGCUGGUCGGGCUCCCCUCUUUUCCCUCAAGUCCGAGCUCUAGACGGCUCUUUCUAUCUUGGAACACCCUAUCAGUCACGAUGGUCGAACUCAUCACCCCUCCUGAGCCUCGUACCCUCCUCCCUCCUCUACUGGCUUGCCUCCCUACGGCUUUUGUCUCGCCGCAACCCCCGCCGAUCCUUCUCCCUCUCCUGUCGCCCGUGUUACGCCAGCGAGUGCAGGUACUCAGUUCCCUCCCGGCCUCUUCGACCGAAUCAUGGUUGCGACUGCUAUGUUGGGAGUCCGGGCAAGCGGAGCGUCUUCAAACAGUGGUGGAUGAGACGACCUUCGAACCGCACCCAGUCUCCGGGGAGAUUGAACUGCCCGAUGAUAUUCCCGUGGAAUACAAGCGCGUUGAUGAGGAGACUCUACAGUGUCGCGUCCUACUCCCCGACUACCGCUUACAGGCCGUCUAUCUGUGGUGCCCCAACGACACGGAGGGUGGCGGUCCCGGGUGGCGAGUCGCAGAACUUCUCCCGCAUGAAGGGAAUACGGAAAAUGAAGGCACCUGGUCGAGAUCGAUAGCGGAGGCGAAUUCACACUCCAAGGAACGCUUGAUGGAGGAUGCGUUAAGAGCAGCGGAGAAAGAGGAGCAAGCUGCCCAAGGCGCGGAAGACGAUGACGAUGAUUACUGGGCCCAGUAUGAUGCAACACCCGGCAGGACUCCAUCCGCAAAGACGCCUGCUCCUGACGCACGGCAGGAUGUGUCGGAAGCGUCCUACUUCUCGCAAUAUGCCGAUGUGCAGCCUGCGAUGGACAGCCAUGACCCGUCUGAAGAACAACCCGACCUCGGGCCUUCCUCUCUAGCGGGAGAUCUACUUGCCAACCUUCUGAAGCCCCAUGCCGAUAGCCAGGUUUCGGGGAAUGCGCCGCAUGUAAAUGGUAACGGGGACACGCACAUGGCAUUGAGCCAUCCACGGCCCUCGUCUGCCUCGUCUACCAGCUCAGAGGCAGUCGCCCGGCUCGAGUUAGAGGCAGAGAAUCAGUCUGCAUGCGAAGUUGGGGUCAAGCAACAUAUCAGCUCGAACGUCAAGAGUCUCUUCCGGUUGGCGAGAGCUACUGGGAUUACUCGGGCCGAGUUUCAGUCGCUCGUGAAAACGGAACUGGAGUUGUUGAAUGUGUCAGAUGAUGAUUAGGAUGUGGCAGUCUACGAAGCAUUUCUUUCUUGGAGACUCACCGAGUUGAUUUGUGUAUAAUAUUGCAUUCUGUCAUGAUGUUUGAGCGUUGGAGUGUCAUUAUUAUGGUGCAUUGGAUAUCCCACUGUUACUAAUUUUUUUUAUUCUUGCUGUUUUC